UUGACGUUGAUGGCGGCUUUCAUUGCUAGCAUCUAGCAGAUUAUUCACUGUCUAUCUGUGAUAAUUUGUACAACCCAAGGGCGCUAGAAGCUGUGGUUUGGACGGGUUGAAGCCCCAGCACCUUCAAAAUUAUGUGGUGGUUGGAAGUGAUUCUGGAAGGAUAGUUAUCCUUGAAUACAUACCUUCAAAGAAUACUUUUGAGAAGGUUCAUCAGGAAACAUUUGGUAAAAGUGGUUGUCGCCGUAUUGUUCCAGGCCAGUACUUAGCUGUUGACCCCAAAGGUCGUGCUAUUUUGAUUGGUGCUGUGGAAAAACAGAAGUUAGUUUAUAUCCUGAACAGAGAUGCUGCAGCUCGCCUGACUAUUUCAUCUCCUCUUGAGGCUCACAAAUCUCACACACUGGUCUAUCAUACUGUGGGAGUUGAUGUUGGGUUUGAGAAUCCAAUGUUUGCUUGUUUAGAGAUGGAUUAUGAGGAUGCAGAUACUGACCCCACUGGGGAAGCUGUACACACCACUCAACAAACACUGACAUUUUAUGAACUAGAUCUGGGUUUGAACCAUGUGGUGCGCAAAUAUAGUGAACCUCUGGAAGAACAUGGCAACCUUCUCAUUGCAGUACCUGGUGGAAAUGAUGGGCCAAGUGGAGUGUUGGUUUGCUCUGAAAAUUAUAUCACAUACAAAAAUUUUGGGGAUCAGCCAGAUAUUCGCAUGCCCAUACCACGAAGAAAGUAUGAUCUGGAUGACCCGGAACGUGGAAUGAUCUUUGUGUGUUGGGCAACUCACAAGACCAAGUCCAUGUUCUUCUUCUUGGUGCAAACAGAACAAGGUGACAUUUUCAAGGUUACCAUGGAAAUCGAUGAAGACAUGGUCACAGAGAUCCGUUUGAAGUACUUUGACACAGUACCAGUUACUACUGCCAUGUGUGUGCUCAAAACAGGUUUCCUUUUCACUGCCUCAGAGUUUGGAAAUCACUAUCUGUAUCAGAUUGCACAUCUUGGUGAUGAUGAUGAUGAGCCUGAGUUCUCCAGUGCAAUGGAGCUUGAGGAGGGGACCACUUUCUUCUUUUCUCCAAGAGGUCUUAAGAAUUUGGUUCUUGUGGAUGAACUUGAGAGUUUAGCUCCAGUAAUGUCCUGCCAGAUUGCUGACUUGGCCAAUGAAGACACUCCUCAGCUGUAUGCAGCCUGUGGCAGGGGACCUCGCUCAUCAAUGAGAGUCUUGAGGCAUGGUUUGGAGGUUUCCGAAAUGGCUGUAUCAGAGCUGCCAGGUAAUCCCAAUGCUGUUUGGACAGUCAAGACACAUACUCAAGAUGAAUUUGAUUCAUACAUUGUGGUGUCUUUCAUAAACGCUACCUUGGUGUUGUCUAUUGGAGAGACAGUCGAGGAAGUCACUGAUAGUGGUUUUCUUGGUACCACACCCACUCUAUCCUGCUCACAGCUUGGUGAAGAUGCUCUCUUACAGGUUUAUUCUGAAGGCAUCCGCCACAUAAGAGCUGACAAGCGUGUAAACGAAUGGAAAACCCCAGGAAAGAAGACAAUUGUGAAAUGUGCUGUGAACGAGAGACAAGUUGUCAUUGCUUUGACAGGAGGAGAAAUUGUUUAUUUUGAAAUGGAUCCGUCCGGCCAACUAAACGAGUACACUGAACGAAAAGAAAUGUCCUCUGAUGUACAGUGCAUGGCUCUCGGGACGGUUCCCUCGGGAGAGCAGCGCUCUAGGUUUCUAGCCAUUGGUCUCAGUGACAACACUGUGCGGGUGAUAUCCCUUGACCCGCAGGACUGUCUACAGCCACUUAGUAUGCAGGCGUUGCCUGCCAUGCCUGAGUCACUGUGUAUUGUGGAGAUGGGUCUAGAGAGUGAAUCUGGAAGACUGGGUGGACUCUUUCUCAACAUCGGACUCUCGAAUGGCGUUCUUCUUCGAACAGUGUUAGAUUUAGUCACCGGAGAUCUCUCUGAUACCAGAACAAGAUAUCUUGGUUCAAAAGCUGUGAAGUUGUUUAAAGUUCGAAUGCACGGGUCAGAUGCGGUUCUAGCAAUGUCAAGUCGAUCAUGGUUGAGUUAUUCGUACCAGUCCAGAUUCCAUCUUACUCCACUGUCAUACGAAACGUUGGAAUACGCAUCCAGCUUCUCCUCCGAACAGUGUCCUGAGGGAAUUGUAGCCAUCUCUGCUAACACGCUGAGGAUUUUAGCCCUCGAGAAGCUGGGCGCAGUGUUUAAUCAAGUGGCAACUCCCUUGCGGUACACCCCAAGGAAAUUUGUCAUCCACCCCCAGAGUAACAAUUUAGUUAUCAUAGAAAGCGAUCAUAAUGCUUUCACUGAUACAGCUAAGGAAGAAAAGAAGCAGCAAAUUGCCGAGGAAAUGGUCGAGGCUGCUGGUGAUGAUGAGAAGGAGCUUGCAGCACAAAUGGCGGCUGAGUUUCUGAAUGAGGAUCUCUCUGAGCUGCAGUUUGGUGCUCCGAAAGCAGGACCUGGAAUGUGGGCAUCUUGUUUGAGAAUGCUGGACCCUAUAAAGGGCGAAACAGUCGACGAAGUCCGCUUGGAUCAGAAUGAAUCUGCAGUCAGUGUGUGUGUUUGUAACUUCACGUGUCGCCCAGACGAAACAUACGCAUUAGUUGGCACAGCUAAGGAUCUCUCACUUAACCCACGAUCAUGCGCAGGGGGCUUCAUUCACACGUACAAAAUAGCUGAGUUGAUUGAUGGGGGAUAUAAACUGGAGUUUGUCCACAAGACGGAAGUUGAUGAUAUUCCAGGAGCGCUGACUCCUUUUCAGGGACGCCUUUUAGCUGGGGUAGGACGACUGUUACGAAUCUAUGAUCUCGGAAAAAAGAAGCUCCUUCGCAAAUGUGAAAACAAGAAAUUGCCCAACUUCAUUAUGGGUCUGAACACAAUGGGAACCCGAGUAGUCGUGAGUGAUAUUCAAGAGUCUUUUCACUUUGUUAAGUUCAAGGCUCGGGAAAAUCAUUUGGUUAUAUUUGCGGAUGAUGUAAAUCCAAGGUGGCUAACCUGCUGUUGUUACUUAGACUACGACACUGUUGCAGGCGCUGACAAAUUUGGUAACGUCUUCGUGGUUCGCCUCCCGUCCAGCAUAAGUGAUGAGGUUGAUGAAGACCCUACAGGUACUAAAGCAUUCUGGGAUCGUGGGCUCUUAAACGGUGCUCCCCAAAAGGUGGAGACGCUGUGUAACUAUCACGUCGGUGAAACAGUCCUGUCGUUGCAAAAGGCCACUUUGAUCCCCGGAGGGUCCGAGUCGUUAGUUUUCACCACCCUGUCAGGAGGUAUUGGUAUGCUGGUGCCGUUCACAUCAAGAGAGGACAUUGACUUUUUCCAGCACCUUGAGAUGCACUUGCGCGCUGAGCAGCCGUCCCUGUGUGGCCGCGAUCAUCUGUCGUACAGAUCUUACUACAUGCCAGUCAAGAGCGUGAUUGAUGGAGAUCUCUGUGAAUUUUUUAAUUCUUUGGAUUCUUCUAAACGACGCAACAUUGCCGAAGAACUCGAUCGUACUCCAGCCGAGGUGUCCAAGAAGCUUGAAGAUUUGAGAACACGUUACGCUUUUUAGGAGUGGAAAGAAAAACCAGCAAUCUUACGACGGAGAUUGAUUUUUGUAGCAGCUACAAGCGGAAAUCGGUAGUUUUUGGAGACGUUUGGCGAGACACGAUGUUCUUUAAAAUUGUCUUCUUUCACUUUUGUAUCAAAAACGAGUCAUAUGCGGUGAACAUGUAUUUUUUAGUGAGCUCAUUCAAGAUCCAAGCCGCUUUACGAACUACUCCUUGUAUGAUUGAAUAGUAGCUGUAGAAAUAUUUUGUUUGUAACCCUGCCUUGAUGUAAUGUACAUUAUUCAUUUUAGCACUAAAUUGAUUUUGUUAAAUUUUGUCCAGACUGCUUGAUCUCAAUUGCUCUUUUCCGAAGCAUAGAUGCCAUCAAAGUAACAGGUAGAAACUUUGCAUACUAGUUAUUAUACCUGUGUACACUAUGAAAAAAAGAGAUUAAGUUUAAACGUC